UUUCUCUUUUCUUUUUAUUUAUUUGUUUACUGUUGUGUAUGAAAACAAUAAAAAAAAAGAGAUCCAUAUGGCCUUUGCUUUCUUUCAUCUCAAGGGCAGAAUAUCUCUUUUUCCUUCUUUUUCCUUUUUUAAUUUUCUUUAUCCUCAUUAUUCUAUGAUCUAAAACAAUGCUAUUCUGGACAAAACUGCUCACCAUGGCUCAUGCGGUCACUACCAGCAUCCAUCCAUUUCUAUGUCUCUACUAUGUACAUAUGUUGCAGUUUGAUAUUCUGACCAUCUGUCUGUUGAGUGCUUGUGUUUUCUUACUCAGAAUACCUGCUUCUAUAUUUUGGAUUGAUAUUGUGGAUCACAGAUCACCUUUACACGGUAUCUUUACAGCUCUAUUAACCGCCAUAGGAGCCGCUGGUGUUUUAUUAGUGCUCUCUGUUCCGCCGCCAUGGACUCUCUUUGCCUUACCUGUCGCCAUCAUCUCUUCCGUUUUGGAUGGACUAUUUUACCAACCACUCGAGUGUUUAAUUGAUAGUGCUAUCAUCAAAAUUCUAGGUGACUAUAAGAUUAAAUAGCGAACGGAAAUACGGAAAAUGGACCGCUGCUAUCACGACAGCUGGUAUAGGCAUAUGGCUAGACAAUGACCA